AUUAAUUAUACUUAAUAAGAAAAGAUUAUUCAAUACGCUACAUAUAUGUUUCUGCAUUCAUCAUGGCAAAUCCGCCACCACCACCGUUUCCGACGAUCGCAAUCGUUGACCCUCAGUACUGUGCACCAUAUCCAGUUGCACUUACAAUAAAGAGAGAGAGGACUUUUACGGAGAAAUACACGGUCACAGACUUAAACGGCAACGUCGUUUUUACGGCUAAGACACCUUCCCUGACUUUGCGCGAGCACCGUUUCUUGCGUGAUGCUUAUGGAAACCCUAUUCUCUGUCUUCGCAGAACGCUAUUGGGAACAGAUAAAUGGAAAGCAUUUAGAGGUGGAAGUACACGCGAAAGGGAUCUAAUCUUCACUCGGGAGCGAUCAUCAUGGUUCCAGCUAAGAACAAAAUUGAAUGUGUUCUUGGCAAAUAACACAUCAGGAGUUUGUGACUUCAAGAUCAAAGCAAGUUUCUCUGAACGAUCUUGGGUUGUUUACAUCGCCGAAUCUGACAUGGUUGCUGCCCGGAUAAAGAAGAAAUUCGGUGGUAUAUUUAGCAGAGAGAAGUUCAUCAUCACCGUGUCGUCCAAUGUUGACUAUGCGUUCAUAGUGGCCUUAAUUAUCACCUUUGACAGCGAUAGCAGCUAACGAAGCCUACUAGUGUUUUUAGUUUCUUUCUUUCUUUUUUUAUUGGGUUUUGCCAACAGUAAUGGUUAGGAUUUCUGUUCAUAAAUGUAUGAUAAAUAUAUUUAAAAUUUAAAUUGUGUUUUUUCAUAAAAACAUUUUUAGUUAAUAAUUAGUUAUCAGUUUUUACUAACGAAUUUAAUUUAUUAUUAUUUUUUGUCA